AUGGCAACCGGGGUAGAGGGUGGCAAGCAGGUACUCAGGGAGCAGGUUGCUGCCAGGAAGUUUACACCUGGCGAGUCGAGCGUCCUUCUACAAUAUACCCAAGUCAUUCAUGCUGAGGUGAAAUCUUUCUUGGAGACAGAUUUCGCCUCCUACCUCCACCUUGGUGAGCUCAACAUGGAAGGUCUUCGUCUGCUGUGCAGUGACCCUGAUCUUGAAGGAGAAUGUACUAAAGGAAGUACUUCUGGGACCGAACCUUCCCCCUACCCUCGAUAUGUGAUUUUUGCUAUCUCCCUUGUUAUGUGUGGAUUGCCUUUCGUUGGUGAAACUCAAACAAUGUUUUCUUCUGAAUGGUUUUUAUUUGGUGAACAACUUUGA